AUGAGCGUGCAGGAAUUGCGUGAUGGGUCUCCUCUAUUACAAGCUAUAUUUUUUGGAGAUGUAGACGAAGUAAAAGCAUUAUUGGCAAGAAAAGAAGAUCCAAAUUGGCAAGAUCGAGAACAACGUUCUCUUUUGCAUGCAGCUGCAUAUAGGGGAGAUCCAGCAAUUGUAGAAGUGCUUAUAUUAAAUGGAGCUGCAAUAAAUGCUAAAGAUAAGAAAUGGUUGACUCCAUUGCAUAGAGCUUGUUGCUCAGGAAAUCAUAAAGUAGUAGAGGUUUUGUUACACCACAAUGCAGAUGUCAAUAUCAGGGACCGUAGUUGGCAAACUCCUUUACAUAUAGCAGCAGCUAAUAAUUCAAUACAAUGUGCAGAAGUGAUAGUUUCAUAUUCAACGAACAUUAAUGUAGCAGACAGAGGUGGAAGAACAAGUUUACAUCAUGCAGCUUACAAUGGAUACUUAGAAAUGACAGAAUUUUUGGUUCAAAUGGGCUGUGUAAUAAAUGCUUCUGAUAAACAAGAUCGCAGGGCUUUACAUUUUGCAGCAUACAUGGGACAUGAUGGAAUUGUCAAAGCACUUAUAGAAAAAAAUGCAGAUAUAGAUGUUAAAGAUCGAGAUUUAUACACUCCGUUACACGCGGCCGCAGCUUCUGGUAAUGUAAAAUGUAUGCAUACAUUAAUCAAGUUUGGAGCAGAUAUUGAAGCGAAAAAUGUGUAUGGAAACACUCCCCUACAUAUUGCAUGCUUAAAUGGCCAUGCUGAUGCGGUUACAGAAUUAAUUGCUAAUGCUGCUAACGUUGAGGCUGUAAAUUAUCGCGGACAGACACCAUUACACGUUGCCGCUGCUAGUACUCAUGGCGUUCAUUGUUUAGAAGUUCUUUUACAAGCUGGUUUAAGAAUAAACGUUCAAUCGGAAGAUGGACGUACGCCUUUACAUAUGACUGCAAUCCAUGGACGAUUUACCCGAUCAAAAAGUUUACUCGAUGCUGGAGCAUUACCAGAUACUAAAGAUAAAAAUGGAAAUACUGCUUUACACGUAGCUGCUUGGUUUGGUCACGAAUGUUUAACUACAACUUUGUUGGAAUAUGGUGCAUCUCCAGCCGCGCGUAAUAUUGAAAUGCGUACUGCGUUGCACCUCAGUUGUUUAGCAGGACAUAUCGAGGUCUGUAGGAAAUUAUUACAAGUCGAUAGCCGACGUAUAGAUUCGAGAGAAAUUGGGGGUAGAACAUCAUUACAUUUAGCAGCAUUCAAAGGCUCUGUCGUCUGUUUAGAUUUACUCUUAUCUAGUGGAGCCAAUUUUCGACUAACUGACAAUAAUAACAGGUUGGCACUUCAUCACGCUGCUAGUCAGGGUCAUUAUCUUUGCGUGUUUACUUUGGUUGGAUUCGGAAGUGAUUCUAAUUCACAAGAUAUAGAGGGUGCAACCCCUUUGCAUUUAGCAGCAGCGUCAAAUCCUAGAGAUUCUGGUGCUCAGUGUGUACAGUAUCUGUUAAAACAUCGAGCCGAUCCCCGUUUGCGUGAUAAACGUGGUUUCACUGCAAUUCAUUACGCGGUAGCUGGAGGAAAUCAACCAGCUUUAGAAGCUUUGUUAGAAGCUUGUCCACCAGGAAAUAUGACGGUGUCAUCCACUUCCACAGGAAAACCAGAACCUCCAUUGCCUGCGCUAACACCUUUACAUCUUGCUGCAUAUCAUGGACAUAGCGAAAUAUUAAGUUUAUUAUUGCCAUUGUUUUCCAAUACUAACAUUAAAGAGGAUACUGGUAAAACACCAUUGGAUCUGGCCUCUUAUAAGGGUCACGAGCAAUGCGUUCAGCUUUUGUUAAAAUAUGGAGCCUGUGUAUCGGUUCAAGAUUCAAUUACAAGGCGCACUCCAGUGCAUUGCGCUGCAGCAGCAGGCCACUUCCAUUGUCUGGAACUUCUUUUGGAAAAUGCAGAAGAUCCAAGCGUAGUGAAUUGUUACGACGCAAAACAGCGUACUCCUUUAACACUUGCAGUGGCGAAUGGUAACCCAAGAUGUGCCAUGUUACUUUUAAACUCUAAAGCUGAUUGUAAUUUGCCGGAUAUAAACAAGCACACGCCACUAUUUCGAGCAGUGGUUAAGGAACGUGAUCAUCUGCUGGUAGAAUUACUGUUGUUGCACGGUGCUCAAGUGGCGAUACAAGAUACAAAUGGUAAAACACCAUUGCAUCUGGCCGCAGCGUGUGGGAGGUUGAAAGCGUUAGCUUCUCUUGUCAAAGCUAAUUCUGUAGCUGCCACAUUAAAAGACGAUCAAGGUUGUACCGUUCUUCAUUGGGCUUGUUACAAUGGAAACUCCAAUUGCGUGGAAUAUCUAUUGGAACAAAAUGUGAUCAAUUCAUUGGACGGUAAUCCAUUUUCGGCUGUCCACUGUGCAGUCUAUCAGGGAUCAGCUCAUUGUUUAGAAUUAUUAAUAAAUAAAUUUGGAGGAAAGACAGUUGCUGCUCCCAGAGAUGUUCCAGGUGGUCGAUUGCCUUUACAUGUUGCAGCUAGUUCAGGAUCUGUAGAAUGCGCGAGAUUGAUUUUGAGUUCUGUUGGGCCUGAAUUAGCUGGACUCGAAAUUCCAGAUUAUUCAGGCCGGACGCCUCUUCUUUGUGCUGCCAUUACGGAUCAAUGUAGCGCUAUUGAGUUGUUGCUUGAGUGGAAAGCUGAUGUACGUGCGGUUGAUUGCAAUAAGAAUACAGCUCUCCACUUAGCUUGUCAAAGACGACAUUCUGCUGCUGCUUCACUCUUACUGAAUUGGAUCGACUCUGUUAAUUCGAAUACUGAAAACACGUUACAGACGCAGCAACAAAGUAUUGCUGUAAUUAACAUGACCAAUAAGCAGCAAAGAACUCCGUUACAUUUGGCAGCCAGAAAUGGACUUGUAACGGUAACACGACGUUUAUUGCAAUUGGGUGCAAGUGUAGUUGCCGUUGAUGCAGAGGGACUUACACCCGCAUUAGCUUGUGCUCCAAAUCCAGCUGUCGCGCGAUGUUUGGCCACUAUUCUUGCUGCACAUGGUCAGAAUUGGGAAGCUGCACAACACUCGCCGUCAAUUCAACAAACAUCAGAAGUAUAUUUAAAUGGCAGAAGUGGCGAUUCACAACACAGCUCAGAUUCAGAGUUUUACUGACAGCAGGUAUUACGCUUCGAUCAUCAAGCGUUCCAGAAUUUAAACGUUGACUCAAUGCACGGAAACAUUGAUGUUGCACGGUUGAUUUGGACAAGCUGUUGGUUAUUUUCGAUUUUAACAUAAUGCUGCUUAUGCUGCAUAUAAGACGACAGACAGAUUUAGUACGAUAAAUCAGCGCUUAACAAUCAUUUAUCUGCAAUUGUCAGCCUCAUAACAAGUAAUAAUGACAAUACCUCUAUUUGUACCAUUAACAUUUUCGAUAGAACCGCCGCAAACUGCCAAGAGGGGUAU